AUGCCAUGCAGACCAACUGGAGAUCUUUUGCACGCAAGUGCCCGCAGGCCCGAAUCUCUUUGGCUCUUGCAGCAGCCGGCCAUCCGUCUUUCGAGUUGCCGCAGGCCGACAGCUGGCCGCACCAUAUCGGUCCUCGCAGCUUGGCAGCUUCACGAUGAGUCCAUGCGAGAAGGUCCCCAAUAG